UCUUCGCGUUGAACACUUCGUGAGAGUCCUGAAACUUGGGGACAACUGUAUUUUGAUAGAGUUAAAAGGCUCAAUCAGGGUUGAUGUUGACUUUGGAGAUAAGAUAUGGUAAAACUAUAAAACUGCCAAGCGAAAUUUAAGCCAUUUUAUCUCGUUAAAGGAAUUUGGCAUAAGUUUGCAUUGAAGUUUAGGCAAAAUUUUUGGAGGCAAUAAGAAAAAUUCUCUGGUGCUGGUGCUGGUGCUGGUGCUUGCCUUUGAGUAGACUUCGCAGUGGCAAAAGAUGGCGUUCUUAGAAGGGAAAAAGGAAAUGGUUGAAAGAUGCCUAAUGGCAGCUUCUAUGGCUGCGCUGGUAUGCCAUCCCAAUGCUACCAUUAAGUGUUUCAGACCUAAAUCAAAGACUACAUCCUCACAAAGAAAAAAAUCUCGCCGUGAAAAUAAACAGCCAUCAAAAUCCACCAACCAAAAUGAUUUGGGAGCCAAUUCUUCUCUUUCCAGAACUUCAGUUGCUUUCAACAUGAACAUGGGAUCCUCUCCUUCCACUCUUCCCACGUCAAGGAGUGGCGGAGCUUCUUAUGUGGUCUCAAACCUUGUCGAAAAAGAGUCUUCAUAUGGUGUUGUGGAAACCAUCUUCAGGUCAGGGUGGGACAAUAAAAUAGGCCUCAAAAUUGAGAAAGUAUUGAAAAUCAAUCAUAGUGUAGAUGCUCUUAACAAGUUUGAAGAAUAUAGGGAGAUAGUGAAAUCAAAGUCUACAAACGUUUCUGCCAGUGAGACUAGGAUGAUGGAGAGAUUGGCAGUUGAUGGCAAUGAACUCCUAAGGUUCCAUGGUGCCAUCGUGACUUGUUCAUUAGGAAAUAAUGACUUCUCAAGCAUUUGCCAUAGGGAAUGCUGUGGAGUUUGCAAAAUGGUUGGUUCUAGCUUAUCAGAAGGUGAAGAAUCAGUCGUGUUGAGUAACAACAGCCGACAAGCACAUAGAAAAGUUGUGACUGACUGUGUUGUUGAUAAAAUUUGUGCUAGGAAAGCCAUUGUUGUGUGCAGAGUAAUUGCAGGAAGAGUUGCUCGAUAUCGUGGACAUGGACUCGUGGAUGGACAAGAGGGUGGCUUUGAUUCUGUGGUAAGUUUGUCUAGGGAUCAAUUGGAAGGCUCGGAAGAAGUCAUUGUUUUGAAUGCAAGAGCUGUGCUUCCAUGCUUUGUCGUUAUAUAUAAGGCCAAAGGUCACAAAAUGUAGCCAGUGCGUAACGCUAAAUCUCUCUGCUUUUCUUUUAAAACAAUCCAAUUUGCGGAGUGGGAAUACAUAAUUAAGAUAAC